ACGGCAUACCAGUGUGACAGAGUAUAAUUUGUCAAUCUGCAGUCUCCGAUCUGCUCAAUAGAACGCCAGCAUCUUUCUCUUUGUCAAGAGUGUGCAGAAUUGUGUAGACAACACUUUCGUUGGCGCGUUCUUUUGCCAGCACCUGUUUUCGAGUAGUUUGCUGAGCGUGGUCGCGACAUCAACCUCUCUCCUGCCACUUCGUCCUAGUUCCGUUCCCCGUUGCACUGCAAGUUCACAAUGGCCGACGUCAACCCCGUGCAGGACAGCGAUUUCGACAAGCUGUUUGAGUUGGAGGCGAACAAGGACGCUGCAGAUGGCUGGUCUCUACAUGCCAGCGGUGAUGGCUAUGAAACAUGGGUGCGCAAGAGAAACGACGAAAAGCUUAACCUUAUCAAGACAUACUACCACGUCAAAGGCGUUACGCGGGAUCAGUUAUAUGACCUGAUGUUCGAGCCAUCACUACGUAGGCGCUUUGACACCAACAUGAAGGAAUAUCGCUUUGUCAAGGAGUUCGCGUAUCACAAGAUAUUGUACACAUGCGUGGCCAUGAAUGUACCGCUGUUGGCUGAUCGGGACUUUGUCGUUACUCACGUACCUCGCAAAACCCCCACCGAGUCCUACGUGAUCAACAGGCAACUCGAGACGGAUCUAGUGCCGAAGGUGCCCGGGCUAGUGAGAGGCGAGUCGAUAUAUUCCGGCUUCAUCCUCCGCGAUGUCGAAGGCGACGAAACUGCAGCGUCUAUGUGCUACUUUCUUCAAGUGAACUUCAAGGUGCCCGUGCCAGCACAUAUGGUCAACUCCAAAGCUGCCGACAAACCAGUGGCCUUCAUGAAGCGCCUUCAGGACUUCGUAACAAACGUGUACGCAGCUGAGCUGGCAGCUGCCAGCGGAUAGGUCCCGGUGAAUGUGAAAUCAUGUGAACGGCAUUCAUCGCCAUGGAGACAUCCACAACACAUUCUACUGAACAUCUGAUGUACAUCUACUUUUUUCAAAUAUAAAUAUUCUUCGAUUGUUUUCCACAUCCUCAGGAUCAAGGCGCAGAAGUUCCUGGCCUGCGGAUGCGGAAAACUCGGCCUCCGGGCUCCAGCCGAGUCUCACGCAAACCGUGAUUUUUUUUAAAUACUUUUUUCUAUUAUUUAUUUUUGAACCCAUAAAGUGGAACCAGAGCAAAAAAAGACAGCCCAAAUUCGGCAAAUAGAACAAGAGCAAUACUAGCUGGGCAUGUACAUGCUACACAUCUGCUGUUUUGAAAUGUGUUUUUUUUUUUAUAAAGA